GGGGGAGGGGAAGGGGAGGGGAAGGGGACCCUAGAGAGGGUGGGCUGUGAGAUGAAAGCUGAGUGGGAAGCUGGACCCUACAAAGGAGUCUGGGGGCGCUGGGACCGGACCCCUUCGGAAAGGUUUGCGGGAAGGGGCUUCCGGGGACGAUGGUUAUUGUUGUAACGUAGAUACGGCGCAGGUGGCUCGUUUUGCGCGCUGCUUCUACAAGUGCAACUUUUACAGAGUUGUGAAAUUCCUGACGAUAAGAAUCGUUGCUCUGUUUUGCUGCUUUCUCGGACAGGCUGCGGGAGGAGCUGCAGGACUGAGGUACAGAGGCCGGGGGCGCAGGGCGGGACCCAGCCUGGACUUGACUCCCUGGGAUCCCAGGAAGGGCACACCCUUUCCUCACCACCCGUGAGCGCUGCCCCCUCACAGAGACCUCUUUGCCCCCUGGGCCAGGCGGGGCAGGCGCUGCGGACCGGGAGGUCCCAUGGAGGUGGCGGUGCCCGUGAAGCAGGAGGCCGAGGGCCUGGCGCUGGACUCCCCGUGGCACCGCUUCCGCCGCUUCCACCUGGGUGACGCGCCGGGCCCGCGGGAGGCGCUGGGGCUGCUCCGCGCCCUGUGCCGGGACUGGCUGCGGCCCGAGGUGCACACCAAGGAGCAGAUGCUGGAGCUGCUGGUGCUGGAGCAGUUCCUGAGCGCGCUGCCCGCCGACACGCAGGCCUGGGUGUGCAGCCGGCAGCCGCAGAGCGGGGAGGAGGCGGUGGCCCUGCUGGAGGAGCUCUGGGGGCCAGCAGCCUCCCCCAAUGGGUCGUCAGCAACGAGGGUGCCUCAGGAUGUGACGCAGGGCCCCAGGGCCACAGGUGGAAAGGAGGACAGCGGGAUGAUUCCCUUAGCAGGCACCGCCCCUGGGGCUGAGGGGCCGGCGCCUGGGGACUCCCAGGCUGUGCGCCCCUACAAGCAGGAGCCCAGCAGCCCCCCGCUGGCGCCUGGCCUGCCCGCCUUCCUGGCGGCCCCGGGCACCACGUCCUGCCCCGAGUGCGGCAAAACGUCCCUGAAACCAGCUCACCUGCUGCGCCACCGGCAGAGCCACUCGGGCGAGAAGCCGCACGCCUGCCCUGAGUGCGGGAAGGCCUUUCGGCGCAAGGAGCACCUGCGGCGCCACCGCGACACGCACCCCGGCAGCCCCGGGCCCGCGCUGCGCCCUCUGCCCGCCCGUGAGAAGCCCCACGCGUGCUGCGAGUGUGGCAAGACCUUCUACUGGCGCGAGCACCUGGUGCGCCACCGCAAGACGCACUCGGGAGCGCGGCCCUUUGCCUGCUGGGAGUGUGGCAAGGGCUUCGGGCGCCGCGAGCACGUACUGCGCCACCAGCGCAUCCAUGGCCGGGCAGCGGCCAGCGCGCAGGGGGCGGUAGCUCCGGGCCCCGAUGGUGGAGGCCCCUUCCCGCCCUGGCCCUUGGGUUAGCUGCCUCCUGGCCCGCGCCGCCUCCCGCCGUUGGUGCUGCCCCCGGGCCGUCCCUCCUCUCUCCCUGCGCCACUUGGCCUCUUCCCCUCCUCCUUCCCUCCCGUUGCCCUCCUCCACCUGCGCCUCCCUUGUCUGAACUUCCCAACGCCUUCCUCUCUAUUCCUUUCCAACUCCUUUCCCCCCAAAUUUCACUUUCCUUCUCAGGUCUCACCCCAGCCCCACCUUCUCCCUGAUUUCCCGGCCUCUCUCACUGUGUGAAGGGGCCUCUCCCUAAUGUCUCCUCCUUCCCCCCUCUUCUCUCUCCUGCGGCCCAGCCUCCCUUUCCCUCGUCCAUUCCUCUCUCCCCGCCCUUUUCCUGCCUGAAGAGCAGAGGUGAGGACCUGGGACCCCUGAGGGGCAGGCGAGGAGGAGCUCGGGCGCAGGCCAGGCCCCCUUGAUGAAGCGGAGGCUAAAGGAAAGGGGUCUGGGUCUUGUCCCUAGGAAUUCUCCUCCCGCAGGACGGAUUGGGGGUCAGGGGGAGGCAGCGGGUGAUGGCUCUGACAAGCUGAACCCAGGACCUGGCUGUGGUCUCCUUGGUCUCGCUGCCCCCUGUGACCCUAAGGCAUGGGAUGGACAGAGAUGCCUGCCCCCGUGAAGCUGGUUGGGGAGGGCAGUUCACCAGCAUCCAUAGAGUAAUAAAGUCACUGUGUGUAGACCCGGA